GCAAAAUUUACGUACCUCGGUUGACGAUUUGACUCAACACCACAAUACCACCGGAGUCUGCCGGCAACGAUGGUGGAGAGAUUCUUCUCCGGCAACUCCCCCAGUUUACCCGAUGAUUCAAUGAUGCUCCUCUCCGGCCCUCCGUCCUCAGGGAAGACAUCUCUGCUAUUCCAGUUCGCCUUCAACACCGUCGUCAAUUCCGACGAUAAAUCGGUUGUUUUCAUUUGCAGUCGACGCAAAUUAGAUACGAAACCCCCUUUUCUCUCUCGGGGCGUUGAUCCAUCGUCUCAUGUAUUUAAUCGAAUCCAAAUGAAGUAUGUGGAGGAUGAGGAAGGGAUCAACAAGUUUUUUGCUGCAUUUCACAUGCAUGAUGUGUUUCCUGCUUUGGUUAUAAUUGAUGAUCUUGGAGAAUUUUGUGAUGAAAGAACUUGCCGACAAAAAUACUCAAGUCCUCGCGGAAGAGAGUUGGCAAUAGUUCGAACAUUAGCUUUGUGUCGCAAUGCGAUUGAUCACGCCAAUGAAACAGGGUCUUGUAUGCUUCUCUUCUCUGAUACUCACCAUGGUGACACCCCUAGAUUGCUCUACAUUUACAAGAGAUGGGUCAACUCUAUUUACACUAUCAAAGGUGAUGGACUUGGGUCAUUCAUUCUGAAGAACAGCAGCUUCCCAGCAGCAGCUUCUUGUGGGUUUGAAAUGGUGACAAAAAGGAGUGCUAAAUACUCCAUUGCACUUCAAUAUUUAGUUUUGGAAGAGAUCUAUGAAGAUGAUGAACAAAGGUACCAUCUUUAGAUCUGAAUCUUGAGAUAAAUUCAUGUUAAUCUGGUCUUGAUUCAUGUUAUCUGCAUUACUCAACGUGGUCUUACAUGGCUUUGGUUCGUGUUAGAUCAUCUUGAUCGAUUUAUGAGUUUAGCGUAAAUGGUAAACCUGUACUGAUUUACUGAUACGAAAUGGUUGCCGAAGCAAUGGCUUAUUUGAUUUUUGCUUGAUGAGUUCAGUGGCUUAUCUGUUUGGUCAUCUGAGUAGUAUUUGUUUUCUUUUAACUUAAUUUUUAAGAAAUGGAUG